AUGACAAAUCCAAUCAUAGUGGCCUAUGCCAAAGGCCAACUUGCUGACUUCUGGGGAGAUUCUCUAGCUUUAUUAGACGUUAUACCAGUUGACAUGGUUGUGAACGCUGCAAUAGCAGCCAUGGCAAAGCAUGGUUGUGGUGUCUCAGAGCUUAAAGUUUACAAUGUGACUUCUUCAUCUCAUUCGAAUCCCAUGCGAGUUGGUGAAUUGAUGGACCUCUCUCAUCAACAUCUUCGUGACUCUCCACUGGAAGAAACAGUGAUAGACUUAGAGCGUAUGAAAUUCCACAGUUCCUUAGAGGGUUUCACUUCCUCUUUUAUAGAACACAAUAACAAAACAGGAAAGAGUGAUUGA